GCUGCCCUGAAAGCUAGCGAUCUGGCAACACUGUCGACAUCGCCGAACCUCGCCGUGCUCGACGCGCUCGACAAGGCGCGCACACAAUGGUACCACAUUACGGCCAUUGUGAUCGCCGGCAUGGGCUUCUUCACCCAUGCCUAUGACCUCUUCUGCAUCAGCACCGUCUCAAAGCUCCUCGGCCGCCUCUACUACUCCGAUGGCAAGCUAAGGCCUGGAACGCUCCCCCGCAGCGUGAACAAUGUCAUCGUCAGUGCCGCCCUCAUCGGCAGCCUCACGGGCCAGCUUUUCUUCGGUUGGCUUGGCGACGUCCUCGGCCGCAAGCGUGUCUACGGCGUCACCCUCAUACUCAUGGUCCUCUGCGCUAUCUGCUCCGGCCUCUCCUUCGGAUCCACCCCGAAAGCCGUCAUGGGCACCCUCUGUUUCUUCCGCUUCUGGCUCGGCUUCGGCAUCGGUGGCGACUACCCUCUUUCCGCCACCAUAAUGUCCGAGUAUGCCAACAAGAAGACCCGCGGCGCCUUCAUCGCAGCCGUCUUCGCCAUGCAGGGCGUCGGCAUCAUCUUCGCCGGCCUUGUCUCCAUGACCCUCUCCGCCAUCUUCCUCAGCUUCUUUCCGGCUCCACCGUUCUCGUCCGAUCACAUCCGCUCCACCCAGCCGGAGGCCGACUUCCUGUGGCGCAUCGUGCUCAUGCUCGGCGCGAUCCCGGCGCUCAUCACCUACUACUGGCGCAUGAAGAUGCCUGAGACCGCCCGGUACACCGCACUCAUCGCCGGGAACGCGAAGCAAGCCGCGCUCGACAUGGGGAAAGUCCUGGAGAUGGAGAUACAAGCAGAGCAAGAAAAGGUAGCCCAAUAUAAAUCUGCCAACGACUACUCGUUACUGUCGGGAGAGUUCUUUAGAUAUCACGGGCUGCACCUCAUCGGCACGAUGAGCACCUGGUUCCUGCUCGACAUCGCAUUCUACAGCCAGAAUCUCACCCAGAAGGACAUAUUUCCGAUGAUGCACCUCACAAGCAAGGCGCAGAAAAUGAAUGCGCUCGAGGAAGUGUUGCAGACGUCGAAAGCCAUGUUAAAUGUAGCGCUGUGUGGGACCUACCCCGGCUACUGGUUCACGGUGCUGUUCAUCGAGAAGAUGGGACGGUGUCUGAUUCAGCUCAUUGGAUUCUUCAUGAUGUCGGCGCUCAUGUUGAUAAUGGGGAUCA